AUGAUGACGACAGGAUUUUCCAAGUGUACUGGGCAUCGACGAUGGUCAUUAGAGAAGUUAAAAGUUUCACUGUAUGAGAAUACACUUAGUUUCAAUCAUCUAUCGAUACAACAUUAUUUACAGGACCCUCACUGUUUCAGAAUGAAUGAUGAACCCACCAUUGAUGAGUUAUGUACAGAAGGCUGGAUACGAUGGUGUAAAACAACAGAAUUAACAGAGAAAUGUUUUUAUAAUAUAUGCUUGCCUCUAUAG